UUUAUUUUAUGUAUGUAUUUUUUUCUAAUUUAGUUUUUUUAUUUUUUAAAUUAAUGAAAAACAAAAAAUCUUGGUUUAUUUUAUUUAUAAUUUUAACACUAUUUUUAACACAAUUUGGAAACGCCGGGAAAAAUGGAAAUGAACGACCACAAAAAAGAAAAAAACAUGUCGGGGAAUCUUCAAGAACUUUAAAUAUUCAAGAACACGAGAAAAUAGAAAAACAAAUAUUAGAUCUAAAAAAUAAAUUGGAUAACUGGGAAGGUAAUCUAAAAUAA